AUGGCUUCUUCUUCUUCUUUCUUCAAUGAUUCUGAAAAAAAAUACGAUGUGUUCAUCAGUUUCAGCGGCAAGGAUGUUAGACGAGGUUUUCUGAGUCAUCUAGUAAAGGAACUACGUCGGGAGAAAAUUAUGGCUUAUGUAGAUGAAAAAAUGAAAAGCGGAGAACAAAUAUCAUCCUCGCUUCGGGGAGCAAUUCAAAACUCGCAAAUCUCAAUCGUCAUAUUCUCAAAAAACUACGCCUCUUCAAGCUGGUGUUUGGAUGAGCUUGAAGAAAUCAUGAAAAUGAAGGAACAAAUUGUUUUACCCGUUUUUUACUACUUUGAUCCCUCGAAUGUUCAAAAUUGGAGAUCAGCCUUGAAGAAUGCUGCUGAGCUAUCUGGCUAUAAUACGUCCGAUUAUCGUAAUGACUCUAAGCUCAUAGAUGACAUUGUCAAUGGUGUUUCGUCAAGGUUGAAUAUCUCUCCUAGUGAAUCAAAAGGCCUUGCUGGGAUUGAUCAACUUCUUGAUUGUAUUAGAUCGUUUUUGGAAAGGAAGUCAGAGGAAGUUCAAAUCCUUGGAAUUUGGGGCAUGAGUGGCAUCGGUAAAUCAACCAUUGCACAAGUUGCAAUUGACAAAUUCUCUUCCCACUUUGACGGCUCUUACUUUUUAGAAAAUGUGAGAGAAGAAUCGCAAAAGCAUCGGCUGAAAUCUUUAAGAGAGAAACUUGUUUCUGAACUGCAAGAGGAAAAAUCCUCUUUUGUUCAUAAAAGCCUUGUUAGACGAAGAAAAGUUUUUGUCGUGCUUGAUGAUGUGGGUUUUUCAGAACAACUACAGUAUUUGGUUACAGAUGGAAUUCACUGGGGACCUGGUAGUAGAUUCAUUGUAACAAGCAAAGACAAGCAAGUGCUAACUGCUGGAGGAGUUCAUGCCAUACAUGAAGUCAAGGAAUUGGGCCCUGAAGAAUCCCUUAAGCUUUUCAGCUUAAAUGCCUUCAAAAAAAGCCAUCCUGAAAAGGGAUAUGAGGAACUUUCAAAAAGGGCAGUAGGUUAUGCCAAGGCCCUUCCUCUAGCUUUAAAAGUUGUGGGUUCAUCUCUUUGUUCUAAAGACAGAAGAACAUGGGAAAGUACACUGAGAAAACUUGAGGGGUACCCCGAUCCUCAAAUUCAAGAUGUGUUGAAAACGAGCUAUGAUGGAUUAGAUGAUGUGCUAAGGGAUGUAUUUCUUGACAUUGCUUUCUUUUACAAAGGAGAAGAUAAAGAUCAUGUCAUAAGGCUACUUGAUGCCAAUAACCUUUUUGCUGCUUAUAGAAUAGAAGGACUUCUAGAUAGAGCUCUUAUAUCCAUUUCAAAUGACAAGGUAAUACAAAUGCAUGACUGA